AUGAAAUUGGCUCAGAUUUAUCAGUCAUAUGGAGUACUGACAAACAUAUCUGAUGAGCCACAAAUUGUGCAGGGAGAGAGAGGAGAGCCUGGUAUACCCGGUCAGCCGGCUUCCAGCCUUUCAGGAAUUAAAGGCGACAAGGGAGAGAGGGGCACUGCAGGACCUGAAGGUCCACCUGGACCUAGAGGAGAUGCUGGGGACAAAGGAGAACGUGGGACUCCUGGUUUCAGUGUCUCUGGCCCACCUGGCCCAAAAGGAGAACAAGGAGACCCAGGGAUCACUGGACUGACUGGCAAAACUGGCCCAAAGGGUGACCCAGGAGAGCCAGGGGAGAGGGGAGAGUCAGGAAGACCAGGUCCUGCUGGACCAUCUGGCCAACGAGGAAAAGAGGGUGAAAGAGGUGACAAAGGAGAGGAAGGGACUCCUGGUGAGCCAGGCCUACCUGGGAAACCUGGAGAGAAAGGUCAGCGGGGCCUGCCAGGCACCCGAGGUCUUCUUGGUGAGAAGGGAGACCAGGGGGACCCAGGUGAAGAUGGGAGAAAUGGCAGUCCUGGACCACCAGGGUCAAAGGGUGAACGAGGGAGUCCUGGAGAGCCGGGGCCUCCAGGCCAAGUUGUUGGUGUGGGGCCUGGAGGAGGAGGGCAAAAAGGUGAAAAGGUAAUCCUGCUAUGA